AUGAGGCCAAAGUUAUUGGCGCCGGAAGAAGUGACACAAAAUGUGUGCACUCAAAUCGUCUAUAUAAUACUUAAAGCUCGACCAGCAUCAGGUUUGGCAAGAAAAGAAAUUAUCUGUUUUAGCUGCAAGCAUUUUUUCCACAUAUUGUAUUCUUCUCUCUGCUCGAGGGUUUUCUUCCUUGGUCGCUCUAUUUCUCUCCUUGAUUUUUUUUCUAUAUCUCUUCUCGAAGGUUUUUCUCCCUCGCUCUUUCUCUCUUCAUCAAGUUAUUUCUCCCUAGAUCUCUCUCUCUCUUCGAAGGUUAUCCUCCCUCCCUCCCGCUUUGAAUGUUUUUCUCGCUCUCUUUCUUUGAAUGUUUUUUUUUUAUCUCUCUCUCUUCGAAGGUUUUUUUUUCUCUCUCUCUCUCUUCGAAGGUUUUUUUCUCUCUCUCUUCGAAGGUUUUUUCUCUCUCUCUCUUCGAAGGUUUUUUCUCUCUCACUCUUCGAAGAUGCAAAACGUCUGUCUCUUUUUUCUCUCGCUCGCCUGAUUUUCCUCCAGUUCCGAUUACGGCUUAGCUCUCUUUCAAUCUGCCUGUUUUCCUUUUUCUUUCCCUCUCUUUCAUAUUUAUCGAAUUGCAUGUAA